AUGUCGAUCGCACAGGAUCAAAUCCGCAGCAUCGACCAGCUGCGCCAACGCCUCUCCCAACUCUCCACCUCCAUUGCGUCUUUGCGCAGCAAUCUUGAGCGCGAAGAACCGCUGCCGACAUGGCCCUCGCUCCAAGCCUCAGCUCAAGCCCUCUCGUUCAACCUAGCCCAACUGCUGGAAACCACCACCACUCAUGGCGCCCUCCUCCGGCAAGCGCACGCGUACCCGCUCCCCAACUUUCCUGGCCACACACAGGAAGCGCUGCUCCAACAAUUACUACGGAAGAAGAUGGAGCCGGGCGUUGAGAAAUGGGUAGAAGAGCACACUAGCACUACUACAGACGUCGGAGGUACGAAGGGUGAGGAGUGGAGAGCGCUAUGGAACUCCGUUGGUCCGACGAGCCAGGGCAUUGUAGGGCCAAUGUUGGAGGAGGAUGGCGCGUUUGGGGACGACUUCACGAUCAAGGAGAGGGAGGAGGGGGUGGAGGACGUGGUUACUGGAUUGAAGAGGAAGCUGGACGGCGAUAGUGAGAGCGAGGACGAGGAUGAUGAGAAGAUGGACGACGUGAUGCCGAGUGGCGAGAAGGAGGAGGGCGUUGAUCCCAGGUUACCUCCCCUGUCGCUGGAGAGUGUCCUGCGCUUCACGACUACUGGUGAGCGGCCGCCUGAGCUUAGGAUGGGUAGGAGAUGA